UGCUGCACGAGUUCAGCACAACUAUCUGAACUAAUACCGUGCAAUAAACAGACUUAUAGUGAUCUGCAUAGAGGCAACUAUGAAGUCACAAAUUCUUAGCUUAUACUGUGAUUCACGUCUCAUUGCUUUGCUUAUUUUUCUUGAAGGAGUUACUACACGGCCAGUUAUUUCUGGCGAAGCAUGGGCAGAUAUUGGAAUGGACACCGUCUUGACAUGCUCACCUGGAGAUGGAACGUUAUUACAAGUUAGAUGGAGAGAUAGCAGCUUCAACAAUGAUGAUAUUGACAACACGAUCACUAUAGCGAGAGUUGUGUUAGCAACUGGGGAUCUCAUCAACAGAGAUGAGACGCAUUAUGGAUUUGAUCCAAAUGAUCCUUUGUAUCCAUUAACAAUAAAACAAGUGACAUUGGAUGAUGAGGCUAAGUACUGGUGUCAGGUGUACAUUGCUGGUUUUAUACAUGACACAAAGGAAAUGCGAAUAAGAGGUAGGAACCCAGCUAUCAAAUAUCAUUUUAAUGCACAUUAUGUUACCAUAGAAAUGAAACAACUAUAUAUGGAAUUGCUACAGGAGUGUUACCUAUAAUUUUAUAUCAGAAUGCAAAGUCUCUGUCUCUUUAUUCAAAGUCUAUUGCGGUUAAAGCCACAGGCGUGAACCUGGCUGCAGGUGGACUGGCAAAACUCUCUAGACUUGGAGAACUGCCUAAAGAAUUAACAACAUAUUCAUGUGGAACAGUAUACCUUAUUAUUCGUCAUGCAUGCUGAUUGUCUAAAGUGAGUACAACGCAAUGUUCCACUCAGCAUACUCCCCUCAUUACAACGAAUGUCAUUUUCUUUUCAAAAGAGAAGUGACUGGACUUUUGCCCAAAAUGAUCAAGAGAGCAUUUUGUCAUCUUCACAAAAAUAAUGUAGCGGAAAUGCACCUGACGAACAUGUGACACCAAAAAUUUAACUUCUAUGUUUUUGCUCCAUUUUUAUAAGGUGGGUCAUGGAGCAAGGUCAUGCGGCUAUCUCCCGUACGAUUGACUUUCUUUCACAAAGAGUGAUGAUUUAUUCUACCUCAACCAUACAAAAACAAAAAGUACAUAACAAGGCACAAUAAAGAAAAUCAAAUCGAAACAGGAAAAACAAAAGAAAAGAUACCCUUCCUUAAUAUAAUCAUUGAAUCUCCUUUAAAACUAUUGGGAACUUCCGUAUACAAACUUCUGCUUCAAGGAUUAAAGGCAGUGGACACUAUUGGUAAUUGUCAAAGACUAGCCUUCACAGUUGGUGUAUC